UACAUCCUGGCCUUUCAGCGUUACUGAAAUACUGGAUGGAGGAGGCGAGGCGCAUCAGCUGUGUUCCUCGCACGAAGCGAAGGAGUCCUAGUCCGUGCUGCUCCAUCCGGAGAGCGCGCGGUGCGCACAGCUGAGCUCGUGUCCAGCCGUUUGUCGCGCGGGAUAAAGACAAGAACCCUUCUUCUCCGUAAGCGACACGCAGCGGCUGUGGACAUGGACGGCUACGGGCUCUCCGGCGACCUGCUGGGAGGGAGGGAGGUCCUGGGUGAGGACAGCUCGGUCAUGGCACGCAUGCAGAAGAAGUUCUGGAAGACGAAGCAGGUUCUGAUCAAGGCCACGGGCAAGAAGGAGGACGAAUACGUGGUCGCGUCCGACGCGGACCUGGACGCCAAGCUGGAGUUCUUCCGGUCAGUGCAGAUUACAUGUACGGAGCUUCUGAAGGUGAUUGAAAAGUACCAGCAACGAAUAACAAGCUUGUCCCAGGAGGAGAACCAGCUGGGGCUCUUCCUGCGCUUCCAGGCUGAACACAACCGAACCAAAGCAGGCAGCAUGAUGGAUGCCACCAGCAAAGCACUGUGUGCCUCAGCCAAAAUGAGGCUAGCGCUCUGCCCACCCCUGCGGCGGAUGGAGCAGGAGGUGGAGACAUUCCGACGACGUGCCAUCGCAGACAGCCUGCAGACAGUGAGCCGCAUGGAAACAGCCCGCACCGAGUACCGGGGGGCUCUGCUCUGGAUGAAGGACGUGUCACAGGAACUCGACCCUGACACCUACAAACAGCUGGAGAAGUUCCGCAAGGUUCAGGCACAGGUGAGGAGCACCAAGGUGCAGUUUGACAAGCUAAAGAAUGACGUGUGCCAGAAGGUGGACAUGCUGGGAGCCAGCCGCUGCAACAUGCUGUCCCACUCGCUGGGUACUUACCAGACCACCCUGCUGCAUUUCUGGGAGAAGACGGCUCAGAUGAUGUCUGAGAUCCAGGAGGCCUUCCAGGGUCACGUGCAGUACCAGUUCACCACUCUCAAGGAUCUGCGAGACCCCCUUGAGCAGCUGGCUGAAGGAGAGCGUGUCCAGGACAGGAAGGAGGGUGCUAUCCAGACACAAGCAGAUAAGUUGAUCUCCCUGGAAGAAGAGAAGGCAGGUGACUCCAAUGCUGAGGCUGUUGCUGCCUCCAGUGCUGAUGGCCAGGAGAAGGACAGUGGGAGCUCCCUAUGUGCCAGUCUGGACUCUGUACUGUGUGAGCUAACUGGUCCCCUGAGCACGGGCAGCACGCGCAGCCUCCUCCUCCUGACGUCCCUUGUGCCCCAGUCCGCGCAGUCUUGCCAUCCCAGUGCCCCUGCUGAAACCAUAGCGCCCCCUGGUGGCUGCCUCCUCUCAGCCAGGGAAGCCCCAGAGUUCAGUUCUUCUGCAUAUCUGGAUCUUGGGAUCAGAGACCUGCUCUCUGAGAGCCAGCAGCAGGACCCUGAGGUGGGUCAUGAUACUGGAGACCUGUCCUUUUUGAAGGAGUUGCUGAGUCCAGGGUCUAUAGGAGCGGAUGAGUUCAGCCCCCAGUGGCAGGAUGUCUUCGACAGCUUGGAACCCACGGCUGCUUAUACUCCAGCUGCACCUGCUGGCGCUCCAGUCCUCUCCCACUCCCAGCCUUCUAGUCCAACCGGUUUCCUGCCCUCUCAGCUACUGGACCAGAGCCUCAGCUCCACAGGCUGGGCAACUCCACCCAUGUUCCAGGCCCCACCCAUGCAGCCCCCACAGCCUAAAGGUCAGGCCUCUCAGAAUGCAAGUGGACCCAAGACCCAAACAGCUAAUGCUCCCAGGUUCUCAACUCGGGACAUGUCUGCCUGGUUCAGCCUCUUUGCUGACCUGGAUCCUCUGUCCAAUCCGGAUGCCAUUGGCCGCAGUGAAGAGGAUCUGCUGAAUGCCUGAGUGAAGGGCAGCUAGCAGCUGCUGUGUGUCUUGCUCUUUGCGUGUUUGGACAACCAUCUUUAUCUCUCUCUUUUGUGUGCAUAUACACACAUGCUGGUGCACAUAUUUUUACAAGCACAGUUCUCCUUGGUCAGGUCUGUGGUUUUACAGGAAGACUGAGGUUCACUAAGCAGCAUUGAACCUAUGAGAUGGGGAGGUGUAAUGAAAAUGUAUUCAACAUGGAAGACUGAUCAUGUGUCAUUACUAAAUAUCAAAUCAGCUAUUGUAUGUGUUCAUAUCACAGGCCUUUCUUCAAAGUGCUGCAGCCCUGCGUGGACAGAUUAGAGGUGCUAUAUGUACAUCUUUGGGUGCAAAAAGUCCCUCAGUGUUAGGGUUUAAAGCAGGGUUCUAUACCUUUCAUGAAAACAUGUAACAAUCUGUAUGUAUGUUUUUAAAGAUGGAGGAAUAUUAUGCUUAAGGGUUUCAUUUCUUAUAGACAAUCGAUAGGAACAGAUUGUGUUAUGCAAAGAAAAAAAUGUAAAAGUAAUGCAUUUAGUAUCAGAACUUUAAAGGGAUUUAUGCCUUUCAAGUCCCUCAUCACACUUGGGCUUGGAGUCAUAGAAUGAACAGUUACAAAGUAUUAAAACUUUGGUGUUAAAUGAUGGUAAAAGUGUCAAGGUCCCAUUCAUGCUAAGUUUAGCAGCAGGUGCCUCAGAUGGGUGAUUUUAUUUAAAGAAUGUGAUGCUAAGAAUUUGUUAUACACACCACAAUUUUUAUCUCUUUAAGAGAAGUAAUGUGUGGCUACUUACCUGUAUUAUUAAAAGUAUUACUGCUGGGGAUGUUUUAAUCUAAAACCCACAUGUUGUACUCAGAGUGCUGUCCAUCAUGGCUGCAGUCUGUUGUGAAACAGCAGAGGGGACAGGAAUGAUCAGUGCUUUCCUUGCUGGCCUUCAGGAAGCAUUCAGAGAGAUUUCAGUGCAGCACCACCUGCAACAUCCACUCAAAGAUGAUAUUCUCAUCAACACAUAAUUGAAUCCACUGGAAGUAACUUUAUUCAGUGACCUCUGACUGCAGUGGAAUGUCCAUAUCAGUUUAGUUCAUGGGACAUACACACUUAUGGGGAUGUGUGCAGUCAUUACUCACGGUAUGAUCAGUGGGAAUUUGGUUGAUGUCCGGUACCACGUUGGUGCUGACACUUAAAACAAUGAUAAUUUCAUCCAUCAAAAGCUGAAACAUAUUUGCCCCUUUUGCAAUUACAUCAAUAGCUUUUAUUUUGGCAUAAUAGUGAUAUAAAUGUUCACUGCAGGUAAAAAUACAAGAAUGACAAGUAAAAUUUUACUAAUUUUGCCCCACUGUUGUAUCACACAACUGUACUGUAAUAUCACAUAUUAAAAAUUUGUUUAAUUCUGGAAGAGUUUUUCUUUGCAAAAACAAAAGAAGCCAUAGUUAUAACUAACAAAGAAAUGCUCUUAAUUGCUUCAUUGUUUUGAUAACUAUCAGCUAACAAUGGCCCUAUACCAGCAAGGAAUUCUGGAUAAAUAUUUGUCUGUGGCCCAUCAAGACAAGCCAGUAUGGUAUUACCUAACAACUAGCUCUUUGACUCCAGUGCCAUUGUGUUGUGUGGCUGAACAAGUACUUGUAGACAGACAUUUUUAAAGAAAUGUAGCUUUAAUACGUUCACGUCGUACAGGCAGCCUCGGUUUACUCACACUGGAGAAGAGAUGAUGGACUAGAUUGAAAAGCACAACAUUUUAUAAAAAAAAAAAAAAAAAAAAAAA